AUGCCCUGCUUUAAAGGUCUCGCAGUGAGCAUUCAUACUCCGGAUGGCCCGAUCUCCGAAUACUCCAUCCAGCGACACUCGCGCGCCUCUCGCAUAGGUUGCUUCAUUCCGGUUCCUCCGCCGAAGGUCCCUGACUCCAAAAAUGGCAAACCCGAGCAAUCAACGUUCGCGAUCUCUAUCACUCUCCUUAAUCCUGGCCAAGAUGUCCCCUACUCUACCCCUAAACCGACGCCGGAUUGCCCAUCUCCGAAGCCAAAGGUUGUUGGUGGUCUACCGGGCCAAACAACCGAGUCCGGCUCGGUCGCGCCAUAUCAGGCCUUGACGAAUGGGGCAAAUGAGACCGUGGCAGCAUAUAUCUACUUCGAUGGUAGACAGAAGGAAGAAGUGGCCACAUUGCUGCGGAGGGGUGAGGAGACAUGGGUGAACUCGCGAUGGGUGAGCGUGCCAGAUUCUGAGGGUGGCGGCAUCGCUGAACGCGAGUUCUUGUUCCGUGAGGUCGGUCUGGAGCGCUGGCUCAAUGGGUUGGACCUAGAGGGCAAGGAUGCGGCUGCCAAAAUUGAGCGCCGUAGACAGAAGAUGGAGAAACGUCGGGCGAAGCGCCUGGAGGAAGGUCAAACUGCUAUGGAGAUGGAGGCGAAUACCUCACUCAAGCAGAAGAAUAUCAUGCGCUAUGGAAGCGACGCCAAGGCGCCGUUGGAGAAUGUGUCCGACGAUGAUCUCUCGGAUUCCGACGACGACGAUGACCCGAUCCCGGAGACAACUGGUCAGAUCAAGGUUGCUUUGUUCCGUGUUCUGGCCUCUGGAGAAAUCAAGCGCGGUGAAUAUUCCCCGCAAUUUGAUGCCCAUGAUGACGAUGAGGAAGGAGGCCAGGAAAGUGGGAAUGGAGCCGAUAUUGAUCACACCACCAGUUUCGCAAAGCCCAAGACUCUCGAUCCGAAAAGCAUUAGUACCCAAACGGUUACUGGUAUUGAUCCGACUGACAAGCCUUAUGCCACCUUUACCUUCAUGUACCGUGGAGAACGGCAAUUGCAGAAGAUGGGUAUCCUGAAGGAUCCCAAGGCGCCAGAAACCCCGGCAGCGAAGCGCAAGUCAUUACAAGCGGACUUUUCUAGUAUUGGUCCUUUGAAGCCUGGUGGAACCGUUGGAUUCCUCAAUUUCCGGGACCAAGAUACCGCACAGAAGGGCAAGAAGGGGGAGGAUGAGAUGGACAGUGACGACGACGACACCGACAACCCGAUCCUGAGCAAGGCCGACGAUGAGGAGACAAAGGAUGACGACCGAUUCUUGUCUCCUGAUGAUAUCAAGCGCCAGGGCGAGCUGGAGGAAGGUGUCCGCAAGAUUCGGUUGAAACGCCAGCACUCUGCCGAGCCGUUUAGCGGGAGUGGCGAUAACAAUUCUACUGACACCCCGGCUUCUGGAGCUACACCCCCGGCCACUGAGCGCGCCAUCACCCCGCCAAAGACUAUUUCAGAUGCUACUGCUGGUCCCUCUGAGCCACCUCAGCUCCAGGUUGAGCCACCUGCCGGAUUCCUGGGCAGUCCUCUGAAAAAGCAACGAGCGAGUGUCUCUACGGCCGACGAGAAUGCUCUGCGGCGUCGCAUCGCCGAGUCCUCUGGUCGGAUCAAUGAAGUCCUUGGCGCUGGCACGAACGAUAGCUUCUCUGCCAGUGUAGGGUCAUUUGGUAAUAAAAACACGACCACAGAGUCGACCAAUCCCUCGAAUGAGGAUGAGGAGCUAUAA